GUUUACAUCAUACAUUGUUCACAAAUAUUACUUUUGGAUAUAGCAAUUCCGAUUUUAUUGAUACAAACUAUUUUCUAGAACGCUCACAGUAGAAUACCAGAAAAAUGCUUCGAAACGCGAUCAAAGCUAGAAAAUUUAUGUACAUUAAGGAAUUUAAAGGUUUGCCAACUGCCGCUAACUUUGAACUAGUGGAAGAAACUUUGCCUGACUUGAAGGAAGGUGAAUUCUUAGCAAGAGCUGAGUUUUUAUCAGUAGAUCCUUAUAUGAGAGCGUAUAUGCUAAAUCUGAAGCCUCCAGCAUUGAUGAUUGGUGGUCAAAUUGCAAAUAUCAUCGAAAGUAAACAUCCAAAAUUCUCAAUUGGUGACAGGAUUUUUGCUCAAUGUGGAUGGAGAACUCACAAAAUAGUUGAUCCAAGUCAAUAUCCUGAUCAUCAACUUUAUGUUCUACCAAAUUUUGGUACCAUACCGUAUUCUUUUGGACUAAGUGUCUUAGGAAUGCCUGGAAACACAGCAAGAUUUGGAUUUUUAGAAAUAUGUGAUCCAAAAGAAGGAGAAAUUGUUGUCGUUACUGGAGCAGGUGGUGCUGUUGGAUCAAUUGUCGGCCAAAUUGCUAAAAUUAAAGGAUGUAAAGUAAUUGGAUUCGCUGGAUCGGAUGAGAAGUGCAAAUGGCUAGAAGAUUAUCUCGGAUUUGAUAAAGCCAUUAAUUAUAAAGCUGAAAAUGCUGAAGAACUUUUAAGGCAAGCUGCUCCCGAAGGAAUUGACUGCUUCUUUGAUAAUGUUGGUGGCACUUUAGGCCACAUGAUCAAUGAGCAAAUGAGAUUAUUUGGAAGAAUCUCAAUUUGUGGAGCUAUUUCAACAUAUAAUGAUGAAGAAGUCAUGAUUCCAGCAUUUAAAACAUUUCACCGUCGAAAUUUAAAAAUGGAAGGAUUUAAUGUGCAUGUUCGCUGGUCCAACAGAUGGAUGGAAGGAAUUGAAGGGAAUCUUAAAUGGCUUCAAGAAGGAAAAAUGAAAUAUCAUGAAACUUUGACAGAAGGAUUUGAAAACAUGCCAAAAGCUUUUAUUGAUUUGUUUAGUGGCGCCAAUACAGGAAAAGCUAUUAUUAAGGUUUGAUUGAUUCUUUAGAAUCUGUUAUUGUAUCCAACAAAAUUCCCAUCAUGUUACUCAAAAACUUGUCAUUAAAAGUGAAGCUUUUUAAAUCAGAGCAGAG